AUGGACAUACCUCAAUUACCACAAGAAGAUCCACCAGCAGACUUCACAACCGAUACCACCUUCAUAAGCGGUGGACAAACACUAAACAGAUACUCAGCAUGGAUAGCACUAAUCCACUGCCUCGCCACCUCCGCCUUCCAAGACUGGAAUGCCCGCCAGUAUCGCCUCGAUUGCACGAGCGCACCUCGAGUCAGCAUUAAAGUCGUCGGUAACCCACGUCCCGGCGAUCCGCCCCUGCUCGUUAAGCACAUCAUGUGGUCAUUACUCGCCGUGGCUCGAUUCUGGGAAUCUCCCUCGGGGGGGCCAAGUUACGCCGACACCAAUUUCGAACCAAAGGUAGCAGCACAGCGGCUGGGCCGAGGAAAAGUCUUCAGCACUGGGAUCGGGACUAGUAGUAGUAGUGCGGGCGACGACAACAACGACGACGCAUCCAGGAUUGCUCUUCCCGCUGCGGUGUACAACCAAUCCACUACUAGAACCUCAACAUCACCAUUGUUCUCUUCCUCUCUCUCAUCGCUCGCAAAUCUCACGCAGGACGAAGUCAAGUUGGAAAUCCCCUUCGAUCUGACUACCCCCGUUCUAUGCACUCCCUCAGAAUUCUACAUCAUACUCAUGCAAGCGAUCGUGAAGCUCGGCACUAAGGGGCCGCGCGAGCCAUCGAUAGGCGUGAGAUACUAUUACGCUCCUAAGGAUAUGACGUUUGAGAUUGGCGCCACGUCGGCGGCGGCGGCGCAGGACUUGACGCAAUAUAAGAUUGUGUUUGCGCUUGAGACGUUGGCGGAGUUCAUGUAUGCGCAAUCGCCCGAGAAGAGAUUUCAUGGGUUUGUUGGGAGGUGGAAGUGGAAUGAUCGGAUAGUGGGGAGGGUGAAUAUGUUUCGGGGAAGAGCUCCUGGAGGGGAUGGGUGGGAUGAUGUGGACUAG